GGGAAUGUCGAAAAGGUGAUUGAAGAGUGUACGAAAGCCUUGGAUCUCGACCCGAAAUAUGUCAAAGCUCUCACGUUGCGCUGCAAAGCCUGGGAGAGGCAGGAUAACUUAGAAGAAGCCUUGUUUGACAUCACUACGACUUGCAUCUUGGACAAGUUCCGCACUUCGUCAAUAAUGGAAACGGCUGAUCGGAUCCUGAAGGAAAUUGCGCUGGAAGCAUUCAAUGCCGGUAACCACGAGGAAGUUCUGACACAGUGCAAUAUGGAGUUGAAGGGCUAUGAUUCACCUAGUGGGGAAGGUGAUGAGAGUGUUCAGGAGAAAAAGGAAGAAGUGGCGAAGGCCCUUCUUUUGAGAGGAACCUGGUUGUUUUUGAUGGGUGAUGGAGCCAAGGCUCUGAAAGAUUUCACAGCCUGCAUCGAGCAUCCAGAUGCGAAUCUUAAGAUGAUCAGAAAUAGUAUGCGGAAAGCAAAAGCCUACAUGAAAACUCGUGUGCCUCUACUUCCCUCCAAAUAUUUCAUACAAAAUUAUUUGUCCUCAUUUUUGGAGGAUCCCAUCGUUGAGGAAGCAAAGGCCUUGAAUGCAAAUGUUCAUGAAGAGGAAGCCGUCGAUGAUACAAAUUCUGGCCAUUAUUUGAAAGCGCUGGAAGCAUUCAAUGCCGGUAACCACGAGGAAGUUCUGACACAGUGCAAUAUGGAGUUGAAGGGCUAUGAUUCACCUAGUGGGGAAGGUGAUGAGAGUGUUCAGGAGAAAAAGGAAGAAGUGGCGAAGGCCCUUCUUUUGAGAGGAACCUGGUUGUUUUUGAUGGGUGAUGGAGCCAAGGCUCUGAAAGAUUUCACAGCCUGCAUCGAGCAUCCAGAUGCGAAUCUUAAGGUAAAAGUAAAUGCUCUGAUCAAACGGGCAUGUCAGCAUCUCCAAGACGAGGAUGUUGAAUCCUGCUUUGCCGACUUCGACCGGGCUUUGAAGCUCGAUCCGAGCAAUGGAGACGUUUUCCAUCAUCGUGGACAGGUGAUGAUGCUGUUGGAAAAGUAUGACAAGGCUGUGUCAGACUUCGACAAGGCUGCUGCUUUGCAUCCGAGUUUUCCUCCUACCCAAAUUCAGAAACGUCUCGUGGAAUACCGACGUGCCUUCCGGGAGCAGAAUUUGGAAAAGGUUUCUGCUUGCGCUGCCAGAUUCCGGGAAACCGUGGACAAGUUCCCGAGCAGUUCUGACGGAUGCUCAAUUUUUGGACAGAUACUGGCCGAUCUGAACGAAUAUCAGCAAGCCGAAGAAUACAUGGAACGCGCUCACAAACUGAAUCCCGAGGAUGCCAUGAUCCUUGUGCACAGAGGUUUGAUUAAAGUGCAAACAAACAACACGGAUGAAGCUGUGAAAUACAUGAAGAAGGCGCUCGAAAUUGACCCGAAAUGCGAAUUUGCGUACGAAACCUGGGCAACGCUGGAGGUUCAAAGGAAUAACCUGGAAUAUGCCGUGGAACUCUACGACAAGGCGAUCGAACUCGCCAAAGUCGAGAUCGAGCUUACGCAUCUAAUCUCGCUGAGAGACGCAGCCGUGACGCAAAUAAAAAUUAGGGAAAAGCUCGGGACUACCGUAGUUAGCAGUUUGGCGAGUGCUGGUUUAGGGAAAGUGAAUUAGGCGAUUCUGAAAAAAAAAUGAAAUUUAGUCCCGUGAACGAGUCGGAAGAAAAAGAAGAAAGGAAAAGCACGUCGGUUUCUUGAGUGAGGUGUGUUCGUGGGCGCCAAGAGAAAAUUCCGCAGCAGAUAAAUAGUUUCGUGAAAACAGAAUUAUGCCGCAGAGAAAAAUGCCGCAUGUGGAGAAUAAAAGAAGAUAAUGAAGGAGAUGCAGCAAAUGAUUAAUUUCUGCCGUUUAAAACUCGUGUUGAUUCAAGCAGUGGAUCAGAAACCCGAACAUGAUUUACGCAAUGAUCUUUUCACAAUUUUUCCCCCUUUUUUUUUAUCCCAAUUACAAUACGCUUUUUUCUUGGUUCAAGAAUACUUUUUGGCUUUGCUGAGUGGUAUUUUGUCUUAUUUGAUCUUUCAAAAAUGAAA